AUGUCUAUCUUUCGGGAUACCUACGCGGAGAAUAUGCAGCGAGAUUCCACCGAAGCCCAAAGACUAGACGAGCAAUUCGAUCUCCUUACCGAAAACAUCGGCUACCUGCUGCAUCCGUCCGUUCGAGACAAAAUGCACCCGCACGCGCGAGUCGCUGACAUCGCCACGGGCACUGCAGCCUUCCUGCGCGACCUAGCCCACGACUGGCCCGAUGCAAUCCUACAUGGCUAUGACAUAUCAACUUCGCUCUAUCCACCCGCCAGAACACUCCCCAGAAACGUGACUUUGCACCUACUGGACGCACGCAAGGAUGUUCCAGUCAACCUCUACGGACAGUAUGAUAUCGUGCAUGUUCGGCUGAUCGCUGCCGGUCUAACAGCCCCCGAAUGGGGUAGAGCUGUCCGCAAUCUUUCUCGGCUCCUAAAACCUGGUGGAGCCAUUCAGUGGGAAGAGUGCGACUUUACUAACGUUCGCCACCUCCCCGGUCAACCUGAUUCUACGACUGACGCUGCUAGUGCUAUGGGACUGAUGUACAUGACUGCCAUGAAACCCCGCUUUGACUAUGGCUGGAAUCGAUUGGCGACCGAGAUGCGCGCUGCGGGUCUUGUAGAUGUUCAUACCGAGGCUGUUUCUGCGGGACGGGUGUAUGAUACCCGCGCGCGCUUGACUGCAAAUGGAAUGAGGGCGAUGUUCGCGUGGGCGCGUCUCCAUUCUGCUAGAAGGACGCAUGGGGCGCUACCUAUGCAGCAUAUUGAAGAUCUGGAGCACAAGGCUUAUGCGGAUAUUCACUCAGGUUGUUAUGUUACAUAUGACAUCCACGUUGCCUGGGGAUUUCGGCCUGAAUGA